UCUAGUCCUCUCCCGAGUUCUGCCUGCUGUCGGACCAGUGCGCGCGGCACGGCCAUGGAGCCGACCCCCGACGCCGAGGAGGCUCACACGGUGCGCGAGGCGCUGGGCCGCUACGAGGCGGCGCUGGAGGGUGCGGUGCGUGCGCUGCACGAGGACAUGCAGGGGCUGCAACGCGGCGUGGAGCGGCGCGUGGCCGAGGCGCUGCGCCUGGCCGGCCCCUUGGCUCGCACAGUGGCCGAUCUGCAGCGGGAUAACCAGCGGCUGCAAGCGCAGCUCGAACGCUUGACCCGCCAGGUGGAGACGCUGGGCUUGGCGACUGGUGUGUCCCCCGCACCCGGCACGCCCAGUCCCCCUCCGGCGGCCACAGUUACAGACCGCGCCCCCCGCCUGGGCACCGCACGCUUCUCCAGCCACGCCACCUUCUCGCUGUCGGGUCGCAGUCCGAGCCUGGAAAAUGAUGAAACCAGUGAUCAAGAGGCAAGACGAACUUCAAAUUCAUGCAUCAUGGAGAAUGGACACCAGCUGGGUGCAGGUCCAGCCAAUGGGUCCUCUGAGGUCCAAACCUCUUCGUCCCCAGAGCCCCCUAGGCCACGCCCUGUGAGCCUCUCCUUGAUGCUGCCCCACCAGCCUGUCACAGCUGUCACCCGAGUCUCUGAGAAAUUCUCUGGGGAGACUUCAGCUUCAACUCUAUCACCCACAUCUGCUGCCAUUCUGGGGGGCUUCAGCCCAAGCCCUAGUGAGACCAUCAGCCCUUGGACUCCUAGUCCCACUGAGAAAAAUUCCUCUUUCAUGCGGUCUUUGUCUGGCUCUGGGUAUGGAGCAGUGACAGCAGGCAAACGGAAGGACAGCCCUCCAUUGGUGACCCCACCUCAGUCACCACCAUCCUCACAGCCUCCAGCUAUGACUCAAGCCCCUCGCCAGGGAGAGCGUCGCAGAGAAUUGGUGAGGUCACAGACGCUGCCUCGUACCUCAGGGGCACAGGCUCGAAAGGCGCUGUUUGAGAAGUGGGAGCAGGAGACAGCAAGCAAGGGCAAAGGUGAGACCAGGGCCAAACUGAAGAGGUCACAGAGUUUUGGUGUGGCCAGUGCCAGCAGCAUCAAACAGAUCCUGUUAGAAUGGUGCCGAAGCAAGACUAUGGGCUACCAGCAUGUGGACCUGCAGAACUUCUCCUCUAGCUGGAGCGAUGGGAUGGCCUUCUGUGCCCUGGUGCACUCGUUCUUUCCUGAUGCCUUUGACUACAAUGCUCUGAGCCCCACACAAAGGCAGAAGAACUUUGAACUGGCCUUCACCAUGGCUGAGAAUCUGGCCAACUGUGAGCGCCUCAUUGAAGUGGAGGAUAUGAUGGUGAUGGGCCGCAAGCCGGACCCCAUGUGUGUCUUCACCUAUGUGCAGUCACUCUACAACCAUCUUCGUCGCUUUGAGUAAAGCUGGCAGCCUGGAGAGGACAAGAAGAGACUCUGGGUCCCUCAUGUUCCCCAUGGCAGUAUGUCCCACCAGGGGAGCUGCCUCUGUGGUGUGAGCUGCUAUUUGUUCACAUGCCCUUUACACUCAGUUCCUGAUUAAAGUAUUGAUGAGGCUAAGCUGAGCCCCACAGCCUCUCACAGCCAAGGACUCAAAGGAAAAGGAAAAACUCAAGAGUCAAAGAAAUUGGUGCUAAGUAAUGAUUUUUCUACAGGGAAUGCUAAUGGUUUUCCCUCUAGUGAAUUUGAUACAUUUUCUUGACAGGGUUCCAUUGAUUGUCUUCCUUCCUUCCUUCCUUCCUUCCUUCCUUC